GCCUCCGCUCCCCUCUACAAUCGAAAAAAAAUUACAAAUGUCGUGGUUACCUUUAAUCAAAUGCAAAGCUAUCAUUAAGUCGACGCUUCGACCGACUAGCUCGUUGUGCGCAUCGUCACUGUUAAUUAUCACAAUAAAUAUGUAUAAAAUAAAAUAAAAGAGACCGCUUCUUACCAAUACUAACAGAAAAUACGAGAAAAGAAAGAGAAGCUUUAAAAAAGGAGUGCAUCUACCCCCACCUCCGGGGCCGAAGUGGGGGCCGCCCCGCCGCGGGCGCCACCCACCGCACCGCAAAAAUCGAGAGCGUCGUCAGCGCGCGGGGUCAAACGGCGACGCCAGCGUGAAAAGAAGGAGCGGUGAGGUGCACGCACACAGGCAGCAGUGUGCGUGUGCGCGCCGAGCGGGACGGUUGACGGCAGAGCGAGACCGCGGCGCCAAUUACUAUCACCUGGCGGGCAGCUACCGCAUUACCCACUGCCGCCGCGCGCGCCACCACGCGCCGUGCACCACGCGGUCCGCUCCGCUCCCGACGCAUCGAUCCGGCGCCCGGCCGCCCGGCCAGCCUGCACCGCCGGAUGCGCCGGCUGAAUCCGCAAGACAUGACACAGUGAAGUGUACGGACAGUGACGCGGAAAAUACGUGGAUUUUUUUUUAUUGUUCAAACUCGUAAAAUUACAGUGAAAAAUGACGUCCCAAUUCGCCUUCCGAGGAUCUCCGCCCAAUCAGAGCACCAUAUCGACAGCCUCCAACAGUCCGCCGCCGGCGACGGCCGGGAUGAGCGGCGCGGGCGGCGGCGCGGCGCGGCCCGGUUCGCCCGCGCCCGCCGCGCCGCGCUGCUGCGACACCGGCCGGCCCAUCUUCCAGGACCCUAUAACCGGCCAGACGGUCUGUUCCUGCCAGUACGAGUUCCUCAACUACCAGCGGCUGGCGUCGGGCGUGCCGCUGUCCAUGUACAGCGCGCCCUACUCGGACGCCGCCGCCGCCACCGCGGCCGGCAUGGCCGCCUACUUCCCUGCCCUAGCCGCCGACCAACCGCCUUUCUACACUAACGCCGCUGCGGGUAUCGAACUGAAGGAGAACUUGGCGGCUAGUGCGGCGAGCUGGCCCUACCCGACAGUGUACCACCCCUACGACGCCGCCUUCGCUGGCUACCCCUUCAACGGAUACGGAAUGGACCUAAACGGAGCCAGAAGAAAAAAUGCUACACGAGAAACGACGAGCACUCUCAAGGCUUGGUUAAAUGAGCACAAGAAGAACCCGUACCCGACGAAGGGCGAGAAGAUCAUGCUCGCCAUCAUCACCAAGAUGACGCUCACACAAGUUUCCACGUGGUUCGCCAACGCACGCCGUCGCCUCAAAAAGGAGAACAAAAUGACGUGGGAGCCGCGGAACAGGGUCGACGACGAUGACAAUAAUAAUGAUGACGAUGACCACAAGAGCAAUGACGGCAAGGAUGUAUUAGAUGGGAAGGAUUCUGGAACUGGUUCAAGUGAAGACGGCGACCGGCCACAGCAAAGGUUGGAUAUGCUAGGACAGAGGACGGAGUCGGAGUGGUCAGAGUCGCGCGCCGACAGCGGGCCCGAAUCGCCGGAGCCGUACGAGCGGCCGCUGCACCCGGCCUACCAGCACCUGCCCUCACGGGCGCCCCCCGGUAGCACGCCCGCCUCCGCCAAGCCACGGAUAUGGUCGCUGGCGGACAUGGCGAGUAAAGACGGCGAUGCUCCUCCGCCGCCGCCGUCCGCCUCGGCCUUCUACCAGUCGGCGGCGGCGGCGGCGGCGGCCGCGCGGCUCGCGCACCCGUACGGGCGGGCCGAUCUGUAUCGCGGGCUGUACCCACCCGCGACGCCGGCCGAUGUGGCGCUGCUCGAGUACUCGCGGUCGCUGGCGCUGGCGGCACCGGCGCCCGCGCCGCCCGCGCCCUCGCCCUCCUCGUCGUCCACGUCGUCGCUGGCCGAGCCGCCGCCGCCGCGCGCCUGACCGCCGGCCCCCCGCCCGCCGCUGGCGCACCGACAAUAACCACGACCCGCCGUCGCCGCCGUGCCGCCGGUCGCCACGCAACCACGCGAGGGCCUUCUCACCUGUAAAUAAAUCUAUAGAUUAAUGUUAUAAAUAUGUAUACAUACAUUAUACAUGAUAAUAAUAAAUGUGCACCGGUAGAGAAGCUUAAUAAUGUGAUAGUGGAGCGGAGGGGCCACCGGCCGCUCCGCGCGCGCCGCGCCGGGCCGACUGACCGACAAUAUUAGGUGCUAACCAGUUGGACCUUGCAACAAACACGUUGAUGUAUUUAUAUUCGGAGGUGGUUAAACAAAGUGAUCUAUAAUUCAAGAAUAGGUAUUAACAUGUGUUACGUUUUUUUAGAUAAAAUAACACAGUUUAAACUUUUAUUUGAACCUAUGUAGAGUGUAAUUUAUUAUUUUCAAAUUUCUCCCAUAUAUUUUAGUACCUAGAGGCGUAUUUAGAAACGUUUAAAAUAUAACAAUAAUGUACGUAUGCAACAUGCGCAUCGCAGGUAUGUAUUUGCAUAUAAGGGGUGCGCACUGAUAUAUAAAUCAUAUUGAUAUUAAUUUCACGUUUCUAAAUAAGCUUCUUAAUUACGUCCACUUAACGUCUAUUGUUUAAUAGUGUUUUAUAUAAAUCUAACAUCGCAUUUUAACUAUUUAUUUUUUACGAGGUCAGUAGCCUUAACCUUUUAUAUUAAGUUUAAAUAACUACCAGUACCAGAUUUGUUGAGAAUUUUCGAAAUCUGAGUAAUUCAUUUCUAGUCAGAAGACUAUGAUCGUCUAUGUUAAACAUAAAUGAAAUUUCAUUAUUGAUGACGUUUCAUUUGUCGUUAGAGUGUCGUAAAUAUUUUAACAUACUGUAGGUACAUACAUAUUUAGUAAAGAGUUUAGACAUUAGGAGGAGGAGCGCGGCUCGGGGCCACACGGUCGCCGCACGGCACGACCUGAGCAGCCCCGAGGUCCGCCGACCGUAGCCACGCGCAGCUCGCCGCGGCCGCCGCCUCGCGCUACUCCUGCACAAGUAUUCCGUUCGAAAAUACUAACUAGAAUUGGUCUCUCCGAAGUAACUGGAAUUUACAUACGUCUAAGAUGGCCUUGUAUUAUUGUAUGAAAGUUGAUCGAUGGAUGGAUAGUUGUGUUCUCGUUUUAUUUCCUUAACACUGUAAAAUAUUUUAAAAGUAGAGACUGAAAGUCCAAAAUUGAGUCUAUAGUUUUGUACAUACUAUCCCUGUUGUAAGUAUAUAUUGUAAUAAUAAUGCGAAUAUUUAAGAGAGGUAAACGCAAUAAAUUUUCUGUAUUAGAGGUCUCUUUGAUGUAAAUAACAUUUCCUGCAGAUGACACUGUGAACCCUGAGAGUUAGUUGUACAUAAACAACGAAAUAGUUCUCUAAGCUGAGAUGGAUAGAUUCGGAUCCGAAUGGGACUCAUUAAAUAGAUGAUUCAGUCAGUUGAACGUUAUCCUGUGUUUAUUUACACAUACGUAUAUGCCUUAAAAUGAUGUUGUCAACACCGAUAAAUAGAAGUUGUCUUGAAUUCGUCAUAGAAAUAAAAUCUUAUACCUACACGUCCACUUUGGAGUAGGUAUCCAGUAGUUAUUGAAAAUGACUAGUGAUGUGCCCCCUGUGUAAAAAGAAUGUGAAGAAAAUGACGUGUAAUUGGCUACUUGACAGUUUUUUGUAAAUAAUGUCAAUCGAUCUUAAUUUUCCUGAGGAUAAAAUGUCUUUAUAGUACUCAUGGCAUUUAAGCAACACAAAGGUCAGAAACGAGAGUAAAAAUCUGACGCUAGCACUCGAUAUUGCGUUUAUGUAUAUAGUUGUCAUAACGUUUAUUUUUCAAUAAAAUGUAAGGAAUCCAAUGAUACCAUUUUCUUUACUCUUGUUGAAAUAAAAAAAUUUUUUUUAGACUUAGCAGCCUUGAAAUUUUUUAUAAGAACAAUACGUCUUUUAAAAUUCCACUCUUUUAUAAUGGAUGGCUCAUUUUCUAUCCAUUUAGCUUAAUUUUAUUAUAAUAUUCAACAUGUGUCAAGUACCCAAUUGCUAACACAUAAAUUUAAUGACUAGACGCAGCAAUUAGUCCGCAGACGUAUAUUUUCUUAAUCGAGUCCGUUACCUAUAUGGCAUGUCAGUAAUAUUAGUAGGUACCUACUCCUCAGGAUUCAGUGCAUUAGUUCCAUGUGUUACUUGUUUAUUAAGCUGGCAUAGGUACGUUCUAGAGCAGGUAAAUAAAUCUGUCUGAAACUUGAUUGUAAAACAUCGAAAACUAAUUGUUGUUAUUGUUGUUUAAGUGAGCUCCCAUUUCUAUGUUUUAGUUUUAAAUGCAAUAUUAGUUUUCGAGUAAGGCUAUAUAAACUGUGUUUUGUUAGCUUAAAUCUCAUUAAAAACCUACCCCAGAAAGGUGUGUGAAUAGAUGCAAUAAAAUUUAAUACAGAAAUAUUAUAA